ACACAAACACAUCCAUCUUAUAUUCCUUUUCUAUUUCUCUAAAUUCUCCAUUCCCUUCCCCCCAUGGCCAAGCUCGGUAAGCUCACUAAGCUCAAAUCCGCCAUCAAACGCUGGCCUUCCAUCUCCAAACUCUCCCGCACACCCACCUCCUCCUCCUCCUCCGCCGCCGCCGCCGUUUCCUCCGCCACUCUCGACAACGACAAUCACCAUCUCCACCCCGUCUUCGUUGGCAGGUCCCGACGCCGCUACCUCCUCUCCUCCGACGUCGUCCACCACCCCCUCUUCCAAGAGUUAGUCGACAAGUCGUCCCCCAAUUCUGAGGAGGAGCAAGGUCUUGUGGUCUCUUGCGAAGUUGUUCUGUUUGAGCACUUGCUCUGGAUGCUUGAGAAUGCCGAUACCCAAUUGGGGUCUGCCGAUGAGCUCGUCCAAUUCUACACUUAGAAUUGUGGUAUAUAUAUAUAUAUAUAUAUAAUUAUUAUUAUUAUUAUUAUUAUUAUCGUUGCCUUAUUGUUGUUGUUAAAUAAAGAAGAAAAAAAAGAAAAGAAAACUAAGUUAACCCAUUUGAUUGAUUUUAGUUUUAGUGUGCGUUUGGAAGAAAAAACAGAGAGUUCCCAAAGCUUCGUUUUCUGUUUAGUACUUUGUUGGUAUGGGAUCAUAUUUAUUGUGGGAACGUUUGAGUGUUGAUUAUUUUGAGAAUGAAAGAGUGAAAAAGGCCAACUCAGGUUGCGGCUAAAUGUAUAACCUUUCCUUUCUUUGUCCACAAUGCUAAACAGCUUCUCCUCGACACUUUUUGUGUCAUAUAAUACAAUAUUCAAUGCUUCAUAAUCCUACCCUCAA